AUGAGUUUCCGUCUUCUUGACUUGGCCAAGUUCCUCACGGCGUUGGUGCCGGAAAUCGAGCUCCCGGACGAAAACGUCAGUCUCGAUGAAAAAGUCGUCUACACUAUCGGUUCAGGCAUCAUUUUUGUGUUGACGCAAUUGCCCGUAUACUCGUUGGUGAAGGACGCCUCUCAGCAGAUGGCGGAUCCAUUUUCGACCUUGAGACCGCUCUUUGCCAUGGAGCAGGGCACCUUGUUGGAGUUGGGGCUCUUACCCAUUGUCGCUUCUGGGUUCAUUUGGCAGUUGGCUGCAGGCACCAGGAAGCUCAAGGUGAACUUCAACUACUCCUUGGAUAGAGAGUUGUUUCAGACGGCGCAGAAGGUGACGGCCAUUGUCUUUUCUGCUGUCUUCUCGCUUUUGUUGCUCUUCCUGGGCUACUACGAUAAAGUGAUCAAGGGCUACAACCCUGAAGAGCCCACUUCUUCGCCCUACGGUGCUUAUGUGUUGAUAUUCUUGCAGACGGUGGGCACCUCGUUCUUCCUUACCUUGAUGGCCGAGGUCCUUGAUAAAGGCUACGGCUUUGGCUCUGGUGUCUUGUGCUUUAUUGCCUUGCACAGUGCUGCGGGGCUUGUAAGAGAUUUGGCAGGCUUCGAGAUGGUCUCUGCUGCUCCCGGCGAAGAGCCACAGACGUAUGGUGUGCUCUCGACGUUGUUCAAGACCCUCAUCACGUUGGAUUUCACCGCCAUCAAAGACUCGCUCAUUGGAUUGUUUUUCCGUCCAAACUUCCCUACACUUGGCUCCAUUCUUGUCGUUUUGGUCGCCGGUCUUGCCACCAUCUACUUGCAGAACUUCCGUAUGGAGAUCCCCAUCAGAUCCAGCAGGGCUAGAGGCUCGGCCAAUGUGUAUCCACUCCGUUUGUUCUACACUGGAGCUUUGCCUGUUUUGUUUGCAUACUCGGUGCUUGCCUCGGCUCAGAUUGCCUUGUACUUUGCCUCGGUGUUUGUGGCUCCUUUCAACCCUCUCGUGAGCUCCAUCCUUGGCACCUACGCUGAAUCCGGCAAGGUUGUGGAUGGCAUUGCCUUCUACUUGACUGCACCUUCCUCUUUGGCUGAGUCUGCCUUUUCUCCAAUCAGAGCAGUUGUGUUCUCUGCUUUGGUUGUGGUGUUGUCCAUCACCUUUGCCAGAACCUGGGCCUUCACCUCUGGGUCUGCUCCAAAAGACAUUGCCAAACAGUUCAAGGAUCAGAGUAUUGUCAUUGCCGGUAAGAGAGACGCUUCUGUUGCAAAGGAGUUAAACAAGGUGGUGACCAGCGCGGCUACCACGGGCGCCGCUCUUUUGAGUGCUUUGGCACUUUCUGGCGAGUUGCUCGGCUCUUCGGGUAAAACUGUGUCCGUUGUUGUGGGCAUCUGCUCUGCUUUUGCCGUUUUGGAAGACUUUAUGAUGGAGUGGCAGCAGGGCGGCGGCAGCAACUCCCAGCUCGUCAAUGCCCUUGCAUCGUACCAAUAA